AAUGAAUGAUUUCAUUCAAUUUUCAUUUGGUAAAAUCUAACUUCAAAAACAAUGUACGUUUGUUUGACUGUUUUAAAACACUAUCCUGUAGUAGUAUUUAACUUAGUACAGAGAACAAGAAUGAAAGAUCUGCAAAUAUUGUGUGUGUGUGUGCGUGUGUGCGUGUGCGUAGCCCCACCCCUCCCCUAUGCACAUUGAUGAGCAUGAGAAGUUUCGUGCGCCUUUGCUUAAAGUUGCUCAUCCCAGCAGCACAUCUCUUACUUGCUCAAGCAGUAUCUUUUAAUUCAGUUUAUUUACUUUUACUUGUUUAUAACACAUAUUGAAUCAAAGGACUACUUUUUAUGGAAGAUUAAUUUUUUUUUACUGGACUCUUUCUGUACAGACAGGCCAUCAUGUCGUGGGGCGCCCUGUACGCCCAGCUGGGCGGCGUCAACAAGCACUCCACCAGCCUGGGCAAGAUCUGGCUGUCGGUGCUCUUCAUCUUCCGCAUCACCAUCCUGGUGCUGGCCGCCGAGAGCGUGUGGGGCGACGAGCAGUCCGACUUCACGUGCAACACGCAGCAGCCCGGCUGCAAGAACGUGUGCUACGACUACUUCUUUCCCGUGUCACACAUCCGCUUGUGGUGCCUCCAGCUCAUCUUUGUGUCCACACCGGCGUUGCUAGUGGCCAUGCACGUGGCCUACCGCAAGCGUGGCGACAAGCGCUCCAUACUGGCGUCCAACGGCACCGAGAAGCCCAGCGACGUGGACCUGGAGACACUCAAGCGACGCCGGCUUCCCAUCACCGGCACCCUUUGGUGGACGUACACCUGCAGCCUCUUCUUUCGCCUGGUCUUCGAGGGCGGCUUCAUGUACGCGCUCUACUUCGUCUACGACGGCUUCCGGAUGCCGCGGCUGGUCAAAUGCGAGCAGUGGCCCUGCCCCAAUAAAGUGGACUGCUUCAUCUCGCGGCCCACCGAGAAGACCAUCUUCACUAUCUUCAUGGUGGCCUCCUCCAGCAUCUGCAUGGUGCUCAACGUGGCCGAGCUGGGCUACCUGGUGGGCAAGGCGCUGAUGCGCUGCUCCGGCCGCCGUCCAAACAGUAGAUUGUCGUAUAACCACAAGGAAUCGGUGACGCGGGACAACACCGCCUUGCAGAACAAGAAGAACGAGCUGCUGCUCUCUACCCCCACCUCCGACUCCUCCAUACGCAAGACUGUGUGCUGAAGGGGACCGCCGGAACACGCGACACCAGAAGGUCGUGUCUGUUCCUAACGUGAGCCUAGGUCUGGCCUAGUAGCUUCCCGAACGGGAACGAUCUGGAUCCUAGAUGGAUCAAUUCGUUUCUGAUUAAUCAUUUCACUUUGCAAGCUUUUCGCUAUUUAAGCUCUGAAAGCAGUUGGAUAUAAAGUAACACUUUGUUCCCAAGAGUCAGUCCUGAAAAGAAAUGUCACUGUAUUAAGGAAUAGUAGUCUGCAACAGUUAACCACGAAAUAUAACCUCAAAAACGAUAUAUUGUCACAAAAGGGAGAUUUUUAUCUAAAGGUAAUGCAACAUUUUACAACACACUGACAUUUUCGACAAAGGAUUCCAGCUUUAAUAGUCUUGCGCCCGCCCCCAAAAAAUAAAUUGCAUAUUGGUCACAAAAGUAUUUGUAUUACCAAAUGCAACAGGUUGAGCUGCCAGGUCCGAGGUCGGUGACCUUUUGCCAUUUGUUUACAGAAAGGCACAAAGAAGGACCACCAAAUUGCAGAAUCGUAUUGUAUGUACGGCAAUGGCCCAACGGAACAACUGAAUGAUGUUCCUCAGGGAAACGUUUGAAGUCUCCUCGUUUUCUGCCCAGAACAAAGAAAUGUGUCCUGAUACUUUUAACCACACUGUCUAACAAUCGUUUCGGGUCAUUCUCUUUGGAUCCAAAGUAUGUGAACGCCUGUUUUGUACAUGCAUUUUAUCUAAUUUAGCUAAAAGUACGUUCCAAUCAUAUUUGCUUGAAGAAAAAAAAAAAAAAAACAACAACUGGAAAAGUGACUGAGUGUCAUGUGACUUUUGGUUUGUUUUAUAAUUUAUUUAUUAACUCCAGUGUGACAUUGAUGUUUAUUUUGUCGCACCUGAGCGUUUUCCUUGAUUUUCACCGAGUCGCUACACUGACACCUAGUUUGUUUUUUGACACUGUGUUGCUUUCUUACUCACUUUAAACUUGUUUUUUGCUGUAUUUUUGUGAUGUAUAAUCUAAGUGUGAUUGACCAUGCCUAAUUUUAAUGCUAACUAGUAGCUUAAAAUGAAAUAAAUAGGACAAAGACUAACA